AUGGAAGACACCCUUUUCACGAUAGUCAUCGCCUCGGUGUUGGCAACUUUCUUCCUUUACCAAAACUAUCUUUCUUUUACCCGGGAUGUGCCACCCGAGUAUCUCGAACAACAAAGCGUGGUUGAAGCCGUGCGUAACCCUGGAGAGCUGGCGAUCUACAAAUCGCCCAAGCUUGAUUACUCCCUGGGACUUCGUGUCGGUUUUGGUAUUCGCUUCGAUCACUACAAGGUGCGUAAUGGCAACUUGUGUGAUGCGUGGGAACUAGCCAUGUAUGCUCUCGAGGCGAACCCCAGUAAGCGUUUCUACUUCGACAACGCGUCCAUUGAGCUCAAGGAGAUCAAUGCGUGGGCCCAAAAAAUCUCCGGCUUCCUUCGAGAAAACGAUGUGAAAGAAUUGAAAGUGCCACUGGCGCUCUUCAUUGACUCUCCUGAGGUUUUCGCAGUCGUUAUAGCGUGCUUCAUUUCACAGAUCACCGUUCACGUAUGCAACGAGCCAGAUUCUUGGUAUGUCUACCACGAGGGUGAUGAUUUCUUGAUAAAAGGCACUCAAGAUGUCUCCAUAUCGUCCCUCAAGGGAGAGCCUUCCUCAUUAUUUGAAAACAAGUACGCACCAGAAAAGGAUAAGGGCAUAGCACUUGUGGUGUCUACACUGCUUGGUCACAACACCUCUGCUACCGCAAAAUUCUCCCAAAUUAAUCUUAUAUCCGCUACGGCCAGUAGCCUCAAACACCUUCCACCAUCUCACGAGUUGAGCAAAGAUGACCGUCUUUUGGUAAUUCAAAACGAGGACUCCACAGAGGCAAUUUCCAACACAGUUAUCAAGAUCCUCGCGUCGUUCGUUUCAAAUGCCGAUCUCUACCUCACGAAGAAUGCCUUGCUUGGUAUGAGCUGGAAACCCACUGUCGUGUGUGCUUCUCAAAACACCGUACAGACGUUGUACCAAGUGCCCCAGGGUAUUCAGAAACUCUUCUACUGGCACCGCCAUUUUGCCUUGUCGCAGCUCAAGUUUUCAACAUGGAUGGCCCUGAAACCAUAUCCAGACUUGAGACUCGUUUAUGUCCAGACAACAACCACGUCGCGUCACGUAGACUGGAAUAAUGCCCGGGCAGCACUCUCUGUUCACAUAGUUGAGGAAUUGGGUGCCCUUAACGUGGCUGGCCCAUUUCUUGUUACCGACUUUUAUGACUAUCGCAAGAUUGACGCGCCCAAGAGUGAGAAACUCAUAUUCAGAGGUUGCGUGGUUCAGGCGGAAGAAGCCAAACUUGUUGAUUAUGAUGGGUCAACGCUGGGCGACGUUUGUGUCAGGGGCCACAAUAUGGGCAAGGCAACAAUGUCAAUGGCAGGUGUGGGCGAAAAGCAAAUCACGCCGGAUAACGAAGGGUUCUUUCAGAUUCCCAGAAUCAAGGGCAAUUGGGGCCUGGAUGGAUGCCUCUAUGUGUACAAAAGCUAA